UCCUACCCAUGUCGACGCUCACGCUCGAAAACAAAAUCCAUAGCUAGGGCAUCCUGCAUCUAAAUUAAUCUCAAUCUCUCCCUCUUUUUCGUCCUUCCUAUCAAAUUUUCAUACACAGAGAGGAUUUCUGAAACCUAGGACACGAGAACGAGAACAUGCAAACUCGUAGAUCUCUAUAGCUUUGAUUUGAACUCAGAUCCCUCUUUAGUGACCUCUUAAUCCCGAAGCAACUCUCCCCAGGGUUCCGCAAAAAUGACAGAGCCUUCCAAAGUUAUUCACAUUCGCAAUGUGGGGCACGAAAUAUCUGAAAAUGAUCUGCUUCAGUUGGUCCAGCCUUUUGGUGUCGUCACGAAGCUUGUGAUGCUACGUGCUAAAAACCAGGCUCUUCUCCAGAUGCAUGAUGUUGCUUCAGCUGUCAAUGCACUGCAUUACUAUACAAAUGUUCAGCCAAGCGUUAGGGGGAGGAAUGUAUACAUUCAGUUCUCUUCGCACCAAGAAUUGACGACAAUGGAUCAGAAUGCUCAAGGACGAAAAGGCGACCAGGAUACACAGCCCAAUCGAAUUCUCUUAGUUACAAUCCAUCACCUGCUCUAUCCUAUAACAGUGGAAGUGCUGCAUCAAGUUUUUUCUCCUCAUGGAUUUGUGGAGAAGAUCGUCACAUUUCAGAAGUCAGCUGGUUUUCAAGCACUUAUUCAGUAUCAAUCACGCCAGAGUGCUGUUUCAGCAAGAACUGCUCUUCAAGGUCGUAAUAUUUAUGAUGGUUGCUGUCAACUAGAUAUUCAGUUCUCAAACCUUAGUGAGCUACAAGUGAACUACAAUAAUGAGCGGUCAAGGGAUUUCACAAACCCAUCUCUGCCUUCAGAACAGAAGGGAAGAUCCUCACAACAGUCUGGGUAUGGUGAUGCAGGGGGCAUGUAUUCACUUCAACCUGGAGCCAGGGCAGUUGCAUUCCCUCAGAUGGGGAAUGCGGCAGCAAUAGCAGCUGCAUUUGGAGGAGGAUUGCCUCCUGGGAUUAGUGGUACUAAUGACAGGUGCACCAUCCUGGUCUCUAAUCUAAAUUCUGAUAAAAUUGAUGAGGAUAAGCUCUUCAAUCUGUUCUCCAUCUAUGGGAACAUUGUGAGGAUCAAACUUCUUCGUAAUAAACCAGAUCAUGCACUUGUUCAGAUGGGAGAUGGUUUCCAAGCUGAAUUGGCAGUUCACUUUCUGAAGGGAGCAAUGUUGUUUGGAAAGCGAUUAGAGGUGAACUUCUCUAAGCAUCUAAACAUUACAGCAGCCCCAGACACACGGGAGUACUUGAAUUCAAAUCUUAAUCGCUUCAACCGCAAUGCUGCAAAGAACUACCGGUACUGUUGCUCUCCAACCAAGAUGAUUCACCUGUCCACCCUACCCCAGGACAUCACAGAGGAAGAAAUCAUUGCCCACCUGGAAGAGCAUGGAAACAUUGUCAACACCAAGCUCUUUGAGGUGAAUGGGAAAAAGCAGGCUCUGGUCCUGUUUGAAACAGAAGAGCAGGCCACGGAAGCUCUUGUGUGCAAGCAUGCCAGUACCAUUGACAGAUCAGUUAUCCGGAUCUCCUUCUCUCAAUUGCAGACCAUCUAAAGAGAGCCCAAGAUACCUUGGGAAGAUGGAAGUGGUCCUAUGUAUGGAGAAGAUAAGUGGGCAGCAGAUCUUCUCUUUAGUAUUCUGUGUGUGUGUGUGUGUACUGGUGGGAUUUCUUUUAUGUUUUUCUUUGUCUCCACUCUUGGUUGGUUUUUAGAUUUCUCUUUGUAUCGCACCUGUUGCCAUGGGGCAGUGGAAAAUAGGCCAUGAAGUGAAUCGCUUUUCUGGCUUUCCCUUUCUUUCUUCACUUGUAGUAUAUACCCUGCAUACCAUAUCACCAUACAAAUUUGUCAUUUUGCUGAUCUAAAUUAAUUUUGGUCUAUAGAGUUA